CCACUUUGGGACCAAGUAUUGAGACUGCUUAACAGGAUCUCAUUUGCCUCACAGCUUGGACUGCGAUAGACCAAACCAAUCAGCAGCUCUUGUCCCUUGCAUUUUAAGCGAAGACUAACUAAUUCACACGUCCCACUCUCAUGGGAUACACUAUCGAUAAUGGCAAAUGGGAUAGCAUUCCUAAUGAAUAGAGCUACUCCCCCUCCUUUGCGUUUUUGUGUUCUGUCGGCCCUUACUAACGUAAAGCCCUCGAAAUCAAGUUCUAUACUAUCUAUAGCCUGUGUCAGCCAGGUUUCUGUUACUGCAAUUAUAUCUGGCUUUGUAGAUUCAAUCUGUACACCUAGUUCCGAUCGCUUAUUAAGUAAGCUUCGUGCAUUGGUGUAACAGAUCCGAAGCCUCUUUAAGUGCCUUCGUGCUUCACCCAGAGUGGCUUCGGCAUCAUUCUCUGUCGAAGUCUUACAACCCGAAAAGUUACAAUUUUCAGGUCCUUUUCGCCAGCGUCUAACCUAUGUUGUAGUUCUUUCUCGGCUUCCCGUCUUUUAACACGGUCUGCCAACGGUAGGUCCUUUCGGAUAAAGACUCCUGAACCCUUUAAUUUGUGUCCAUUUUGUAAAAUUAGGUCACGUUCGUUCGAAGAGCCGAAUACUACUUUAAGCAGUCUGGAAUGAUUUGGUUUCGAGUCCGUUAGACUCCUAGUCUGUACACCUUUAGCAAGGUGACCCCGGUCAUAUUUUGAGGCAUGAGUUGAUUAAGCAGCUGCCUAAUCAGUACAAUGUCAUGCUCAAAACGAGCUUUAGGUUCAGAGCUAUCGCUCUCCUUGAUUCUAUGAAAAAUAGCUGAUCUGUCGCUAUAAUCAGCUUUCGAUUUUUCAACCACUCUUACGGGGGCAGGUUUCUCUUUUAUAUCCCUACUUUUCUUUCUUACAACCUUUACCCAUUCGUCAACGGUGCUGGUAGAAGCAAUAAUAGUUGCGUCAAACCUAGUGUUGGGUUUUGGGGGUUGUCGACGACCUGAGAGGUCGUGUUAUGUUUACCGUUCGAAACCGAUCGAGCCUUGCGAUUGCGGCUUCUAGGUGUUUCCUGUUGGAUCCCAUCUGGAAGACGGGGAACAGAAGACCCUACUUUUCUUGAGCUUUUGUUUAAGGCAGGCCUCUUUGGAGACUGCUUUUCCUUCUUUGACGGGCGUGAGUCAUCUAUCACCGGACUAACCUUAGUUUCCUUCACGUUGAUUUGCGUGUCGACAGAUCGAGUGCUGUUUGACGCGUUCCGACUAUGCUUGCUAAAACACUUCUUUGCAGCAUCAACCAGUGAGAUGGCCUCGGUUAGCAAGCUGUUUGCAUCCGAGCAGCACUGUUGACAAAGCCACACACAACCCUUCUUACUGAACCGUUUGAAAGCAGCAGGCGUUAAGUUCGUGCAAACUUCGUGGUACCAGCCUUUGCACUCGUCGCACUGCAUGCCGCUUUCAACAGGAUAACGACAACCCGGACGUUGACAACUGCUUUUUUUACACUGUCCGGUCAUUUAGGAGGAGUUCUUUUUCAAACUGUGAUGACACUCAGAAACAAAAAAAUUUAUCAGUGACCAAAAGUGAAGAGCUGUAGAUUGCUAGGACCAAAAGUACUAACAGAUACAGUUGAAAAAGAGGUACUCAAGAGUACCAACGACAGAACAGUAAAAACGAUACUUUAGUCGAAUACUUUAACUGAAAUAAAUUCAAUUACAGUGAAAACAGUAGUCUUGAUACGUAAUAAACGAUCAAAACAAACAAAUUUACUCAGCGAGGAAAAAUACCACUGUCCUUUUUUAAAGAGUAAUUAUGUUCUCUAUUAAACUAGGUCUGUGUAGAAGAUUUAUUGUUUGCUUCACUGAAAUCUAGUUUUUCUCGCAACGUAUUCACCGCUUGAUACUGCAUUCAAAACUUUUGUUGAACGAUCUUACAUCCACACGUUACCAAGCGUUAUACAGAUAACAUUUUCGCGUUAUAAAUGAAGUUGUUGAUCAAAAUAAAUAAGUGGUAUUUACAAGCCAGAAACGGUUUGGAGGCUGAAUAUCCAUUAAGACUGUCCAACUGAGCCUGUGAUAUUCUGAAACAGAAGUCUAGAGUGAUAACAUUAGUCACUGUUAUCGGGGAAUAUGAUAUAUAUACAGAUUUGUUCACGACAUGAGAUUGAAUUAUAAUUACUUUUCAAAUGUUGUAUGCAUUUAACUGAAAAUGACCUAAACUAUAGUAAGGUAUGUUUCUGUGGCAGGCUGAAAAAGCGGUAAUCCCUCAUCUCGACGUUGUUCUUUGUUCCAUCCAAUUCUCCUUGAAUUGCUAGUUGGGAUGACAGAGCGUAAGCAGGCACCAACCUUGUGAUUUUACGAGGAUGAUCGCAUAUCUCCGACAGUUUGUUCACCUAAAGUGUAUUAAAACAAAAACUACAACCUACGAAAUGAACAUGAAAUUUAUCAUUCGUCGACACACUUCAAAACACCUGGCUUUUCAGCUGUACAAAUUGAAAACCGCAGUGACCGUGAUCCGAUGCCGUAUAUUAUUCCGUAUUUACCUUUGAUAGGAGGCUUCUUUAGAAAUACCUUCAACUUGUAGAAUCUAUCAGGCAAUUACCUAAUUGUAUGCCAAAACCUUGACACUCCACGUAUAUAUAUAAAUGUUGAUACAGCAUGCUUGUAAGAUACAGUACGUAGUGUUGGUUGUACAGUAGAUCAGAUAACUAAUGAAAUGAAUUCCAGUUGAGAAGAUCUGAUGCGUAUAAACCAAAUAAAUGAAUUAAUAUCUGGUAGUCGACGAGUUGUUCAAGGGAAUGUUGACUUUCGGAUAGUUUACUGGACUGCAGCCGUUAUCAAUUUCAUUAGCUUACAUUUCUUAAGAGCAUUUAUAAUGUCCACUGAUUGUUCCUCAGAAUACAACCAAUUAGAAUGCGAAUCUGUUGUAUCAACAGACGUUUGUAUGAGAACAGAUAAUCAAAUAGUUGAAAAACUCGUCCCAAAUAUGACAAAUCCAUAUAAUGAAACGAAACACCCAGGAUUAACGCCUUCAAUAACGGCUUAUCGAUGGAUUACAUCGCAACCAACUUUAACACAAAGUGUAUUUAGUAAAAUUGAAUCUGAAACUAUGGCACAAUGGCUAAGUGUUAGUACAACAGAUGAUUGGUUAAUGCAUAUCCCGAAAUGUUCAAUAGAAAGAUAUGAUAAGAAUUCUUUUAAGAAGUGGAAAGCUGAUUAUCUAAAACAACCACGUUCACUUGAUCAAAACAGAUUCACUACAUUAUAUUCAACUAGUUAUGAAGCCAAGCAGUUGGAUGAGCGAACAAAGAGUAGGCCUACAUCUGCUGAUCGCCGAAAUAAGCCACAGCCGUCAAGACUCUUCCUUACUUUUCAUUUACAUAAAUUACCUAAAAACCAAGAAAAGGAUACACGAAAAGAGAUAUGAACUACUGUUCAAAUAAAUUCAUUUCACGGCAAAUUUAUGGUCAUUUCACACGCACAAAUCACAGAUUCUGUCCACUAAAUUUUGCUAACACGAUAUAACAUCUAAUUCCAAAUAGUUUGCUAAUGUAAGUAUAUAUUAUAUUACUGCUUCAUGUGUAAUACUUAAAAUUACAAUAGAUUUCUCCCUUAUUGUUUAGAAAACUUGCAAGCUCCAACUUGUGAGUUAUAAUAAGCUCCACCUGUAGCCCUUCUAGGCUUACUGUCAGUCCCAAGCCCAGAUCAAAGAGUUUCGGGCACCGGGAAUGGGAAUUUCAUGCAUCCAGGAUCAUUAAAGCAUCCAAAAAACAAAGAGAGGGAGAUCACAAUGAAUAUUAUCAGUGUUAUGCACCAACCAAUAAUAGAAAAGAUGACGAUAAAGAUCAGUUUUACGAGAGGAUGCAAUCAAACAUAGCGAAGAGCUCAGGAAAGCACCUGACCAUCCUGAUGAGGAUCCUAAACGCCGAGGUCGGAUUGGACAACAUCGAGAAUGAAGAUGACAUAGGACGACAUGGAGUGGGCACUGGGAGGAAGGAACGAGAAUAGUGACAGAUUUGCAAAUUUAUUUGCGUUCGACAAUAUGUUUAUAGACGAUACAAUAUUCCCCAACAAAUGCAUACAGAAAACUACAUGUAUCUCACUGGAUCACAUCACAGAGAAUCAGACCAAUCGUAUCUGCAUCAGGGAAAAAUUCAGGUCAUUGGAAGACGUGAGAAUCAGGAGGGGAGCUGGCAUAGCUUUAGAUCACCACCAAAUAGUGGUUGCCCAGAUGAAAAUAAUGCUAAAGAAGCAUUGGCCCCCAACUGCCCUGGCACAGCCAAGAGUGGGAAGAGUCCACUAUCCCUCUCGAAAUGCUCUCACAUAGCCAAGCGUAUAUAGCCUCUCCAGGGAAGUCUUACUUACUGCCUUCUCGUGGCGGUGUUGUUUACGAAAUUCGGAGGACGAAAAGCGAAUGUCCGGCGCUUUGACCGGGUUGAUGGACAUGGAGAGUCCACCUAGGGGAGUUGGAAAAUCCUGAUUCCAAACCAAUGGUGCACAUGGGCUCAAGUAUCCUGAGGGAACAAAUGGCGUAUAAACCAAUCGUAGGUCACCGGCUACCAUGAGACUACAUCUCCUUACGAUUCUCCACUGCCUUCUGCAUCAAACAUUUAGGUCGAAAGCUCCGGGUGUGGCCCCCUAAGAAAACCACCUGAUUCGGUUUGGCCACCCAGGCAGUAUCCCAGCCUUCACACAAAUCAAAUGAGAUUCGUGUGGCGCAUAUGUAUUUGGUGCCUCCUUGUACCAAUAUCUAUGUGUUCAAAUAAAUUGGACAACUGAAGAAACAGUAUUACAAAGAUCCAAUGCAACCUUCCUUCAAGAUACUGACAAACUCAACGACCUCAAGGUAGCUCUCAACAACAGGUUCCACGCCCUACAAGAUCUACCCAGAGAAGAGGCGGCUACUAUGGAGGACAAGUGGGAAGGGGUUAAAGAAGCACUAACUCCAACAUGUCAAGUUCUGGGCCUCAAGAAGUGUCAUCUUAAGGAGUGGAUCUCCAUGGAAACCCUGGACAAGAUUCAAGAAAAGAAGAACAAGAGGACAGUAAUUAACAACAGUCGAACAAGAACAGAGACAUUGAAGACACAAGUUGGAUACACUGAAGCAAACAAGCAAGUGAAUAAGACUAUUAUAGCUGACAAGCAGAAAUACGUGGAGAAGCUAGCAACAACCGCUGAAAAAGCUGUAAGAGAAGGAAAUAUGAAACAGCUUUAUGACACAACGAAGGAACUAGCAGGGAAAUAUAGUAAACCAGAGAGAUCGGUCAAGGACAAAGAAAGCAAGACAAUCACUGAGAUUCAAGGACAGGGAAACAGAUGCGUGGAAAGCCUUGAAAAACACUUGAAUAGUCCAGCUUCGUUGAGUCCACCGGACAUCGAAGUACGACCUGCAGACCUUCCUAUAGAUGUCACCCCAUCAACGAUCGAAAGAAUCAGGAUGGUCACCAGACAAAUCAAGAGUGGGAAAGCAGUUGGACCUGACAAUAUACCAGCCGAAACACUGAAGUCAGACAUAGAAGUAACUGCAAGCAUACUCCACGUUCUAUUCAGGAAGAUCUGGUAGGAAAAACAAGUUCCGACAGACUGGAAGGAAAGACACCUCAUUAACACACCAAAGAAAGGAGAUCUGAGCAAAUGUGAGAACUACAGAUGCAUCACACUACUAUCGGUACCAGGAAAAGUUUUCAACAUUGUUGCUGAACCGGAUGAAUGACUCUGUAGACGCUCAACACCGAAAUAAACAGACCGAAUUCCGUAACGAUCGGUCAUUCACAGAUCAAAUAGCGACACUAUGAGUCAUCGUUGAACAAUCGAUUGAAUGGAACCUGUCACUAUACAUAAACUUUCUUGAGCAUGAGAAAGCAUUUGACAGUGUGGAUAAGAGAACACUAUGGAAACUUCUUCGACACUACGGUAUACCUGAGAAGAUCAUCAACAUCAUACGGAAUUCAUCCGAUCGGCCAUUGUGCAAAGUAUACAUGGAGGGCAGCUGGCAAAUAUAUUCAAAGUGAUGAUCGGAGUCAGACAAGGUGCUUAAUCUCCCCCUUUCUCUUUCUACUGUUGGUCGGUUUGAAUAUAAAGACCUCCACAUCUGAAGUGAAGCACGGAAUACAAUCGGCAGGUUGAAUUCAACUACGAAUGCAGGUCAAGACAAUCAGUGUAGCAGUUGGCUCUGAAUCAGUAGGCCUCAACAUACACUAAGGAAACAGCAAGAUCCUCAAAUACAUCAUGAAAAACAAACCAGAUCCCAGCUGAGGAGGAAAUUAGGGAAAGACGCUGGAAGUUGAUAGGACAUACAUUGAGGAAGUCAUCAAACUGAA